CAGCUGUCCAUCGCCAUCGCUCGCUGUUACUCCAUGAAGAACCGGCACCAGGACAUCAUGCCCUACGACAGGAACCGCGUGGUGCUGCGCUCCGGCAAGGACGACUACAUCAACGCCAGCCGGGUGGAGGACCUGUCACCCUACUGUCCUGCCAUCAUCGCCACCCAGGCACCGCUGCUGGGCACCGCCGCCGACUUCUGGCUGAUGAUCUACGAGCAGAAGGUGUCUGUCAUCGUCAUGUUGGUGUCGGAGCAG